AUGGCGGCGGCGGCUUCGGCCGCGCUGCCGCAGCUGCUCGGGCCGGGCCGGGCGGGCGGCGGGCGCUGCCUGCCCGUACCCGGCAUGGCCGCCAAGGGGGCCCGGCAGCGGCCGCGGGCGGGCGGCGGGGACGCGGCGGGGCGGCGGCCCGAGCCCGGGGGCAGCGAGGAGGCGCGGAACGAAUCAUCCGGGAGCAAAGCAGGGCACGUCUGGGCCCCUGAAGGAUCAACAGCUUUCAAGUGUCUGAUCUCGGCCAGGUUCUGUGCAGCUCUGCUGAGCAACAUCUCGGAUUGUGAUGAGACCUUUAACUACUGGGAGCCGACACACUACCUCAUUUAUGGGAAGGGGUUUCAGACCUGGGAGUACUCUCCUGCCUACGCCAUCCGCUCCUAUGCUUACCUGUGGCUCCACGCCUUGCCAGCCUGGUUCCACGCCAGGGUCCUGCAAACCAACAAGGUUCUCAUCUUCUAUUUCCUGCGAUGCUUCCUGGCCUUCCUGAGCUGUGUUUGUGAACUCUACUUCUACAAGGCUGUGUGCAAGAAGUUUGGGCUGCACGUGAGCAGGCUGAUGUUGGCCUUCCUGGUGCUCAGCACGGGCAUGUUCUGUGCUUCUGCAGCUUUCCUGCCCAGCAGUUUCUGCAUGUACACCACGGUGGUGGCCAUGACGGGCUGGUACAUGGACAGGACCUCGGUGGCAGUGCUGGGGGUGGCUGCUGGAGCCCUGCUGGGCUGGCCCUUCAGCGCAGCUCUGGGGCUUCCUAUUGCCUUUGACUUGUUGAUCCUGAAGAAGAGGUGGAAAAGUUUCCUGAACUGGUGUGUGGUGUCCUUGAUCCUGUUUUUGGUGCCCUUGGUGGUGGUGGACAGCUAUUACUAUGGCAAGCUGGUGGUGGCACCUCUCAACAUCGUUUUGUACAAUGUCUUCACCCCCCACGGGCCUGAUCUCUACGGUACAGAACCCUGGUACUUCUAUUUCAUCAAUGGCUUUCUGAAUUUCAAUGUGGUUUUUGUGCUGGCCCUGCUGGUGCUGCCUCUGACCUGUCUGAUGGAGUGUCUGCUGCAGAAAUUCCGUGUUCAGAACCUGGGCCGUCCCUACUGGCUGACCCUGGCUCCCAUGUACAUCUGGAUCCUGAUUUUCUUCAGCCAGCCCCACAAAGAAGAGAGAUUUCUGUUCCCCAUCUACCCCCUCAUCUGUCUCUCUGGUGCUGUGGCGCUCUCUGCUCUUCAGAAAUGUUACCACUUCAUCUUCCAGCGCUACCGCCUGGAGCACUACACAGUGUCCUCCAACUGGCUGGCCCUGGGGACUGUCCUCCUCUUUGGCCUUUUGUCACUCUCACGCUCUGUCGCCUUAUUCAAAGGCUACCACGGGCCCCUGGACCUGUACCCUGAAUUCCACAGGAUUGCCACUGACCCCAGCAUCCACACGGUGCCCGAGGGGAGGCCGGUCCAUGUCUGUGUGGGGAAGGAGUGGCACAGGUUCCCCAGCAGCUUCCUGCUGCCAGACAACUGGCAGCUCCAGUUCAUCCUGUCGGAAUUCCGGGGCCAGCUGCCCAAACCCUUUGCCAAGGGGCCCUUGGCCACCAGGAUCAUUCCUGCAGACAUGAACGACCAGAACAAGGAGGAGCCCUCUCGAUAUAUGGACAUCUCCAAAUGCCACUACCUGGUGGACCUGGACACGGCAGCAGAGAGCCCCAGGGAGCCCAGGUACUCCUCCCACAGAGACGAGUGGGUCACCAUUGCCUACAAGCCAUUCCUGGAUGCUUCCAGGUCCUCGCGGCUGCUGCGCGCGUUCUACGUGCCGCUGCUGUCGGAGCAGCACACGCGCUACGCCAACUACAGCAUCCUGAAAGCCCGCAGGAGGCAGCCCAGGAGGAGACUGGGGGGCUAGCACGCCCCUGGCCCGGCCAAAAUCCCACCCCGAGCAUCGGCUGGCACUCCUGGACAGAUUCCCCGAGCGGCUCCGGCAGCCUCGGCUCCUCUGCUCUGCCUCCCUGGGAAAUCCUGCACCGCCUGUGGACGGGGUGUCCCUGCUGCUCCCCGGGUCCCCUCUCACGGCAGAGAGGGGAAACAUGCACAAUGAAAUGGAAAAUAAAAUGGGUUAUGCCUGAUGCUCCCCAAACCCCCCUUACACGAGAGAAGAGAAAAAUGGAAAAUAAAAUGGGGUGUCCCUGCUGCUCCCCGUGUCCCCUCUCACAGCACAGAAGAGAAACAUGGACAAUGAAAUGGAAAAUAAAAUGGGUUAUGCCUGAUGCUCCCCAAACCCCCCUUACACGAGAGAAGAGAAAAAUGGAAAAUAAAAUGGGGUGUCCCUGCUGCUCCCCAGGUCCCCUCUCACAGCAGAGAAGAGAAAAAUGGACAAUGAAAUGGAAAAUAAAAUGGGGUAUCCCUGCUGCUCCCCAUGUCCCCUCUCAUGGCAGAGAAGACAAAAAUGGAAAAUUAAAUGGAAAAUAAAAUGGGUUAUGCCUGAUGCUCCCCGUGUCCCCUCUCACAGCACAGAAGAGAAAAAUGGAAAAUAAGAUGGGUUAUCCCUGCUGCUCCUGGUGUUCCCUCUUACACUAGAGAAGAAUGGAAAAUAAGAUGGGGUAUCCCUGCUGCUCCCCAUGUCCCCUCUCACAGCAGAGAAGACAAAAAUGGAAAAUGAAAUGGAAAAGGAGAUGGGUUAUGCCUGAUGCUCCCCAAACCCCCCUUACACGAGAAAAGAGAAAAAUGGAAAAUAAAAUGGAUUAUCCCUGCUGCUCCCUGUGUCCCCUCUUAUACCAGAGAAGAGAAAAAUGGAAAAUAAGAUGGGGUAUCCCUGCUGCUGCCUGUGUUCCCUCUUACACCUGAGAAGAAUGGAAAAUAAAAUGGAAAAUAAGAUGGGGUAUCCAUGCUGCUCCCCAUAUUCCCUCUUACAAGAGAAAAGAGAAAAAUGGAAAAUAAAAUGGGUUAUCCCUGCUGCUCCCCCUGUUCUCUCUUACACCAGAGAAGAGAAACAUGGAAAAUAAAAUGGAAAAUGAGAUGGGUUAUGCCUGAUGCUCCACAAACCCCCCUUACAUGAGAGAAGAGAAAAAUGGAAAAUAAAAUGGAAAAUAAGAUGGGGUAUCCAUGCUGCUCCCCGUGUUCCCUCUUACACCAGAAAAAAGAUAAAUGGAAAAUAAAAUAGCCCUCUUAUACCAGAGAAGAGAAAAAUGGAAAAUAAAAUGGAAAAGGAGAUGGGUUAUGCCUGAUGCUCCCCAAACCCCCCCUUACAUGAGAGAAGAGAAAAAUGGAAAACAAAACAGGGUGGCACCUUGAGGUUCUGCUCCAGGCUGCAAAUGAGGGAGAAUCCAGCCCAAAUUCUCUCUGUGUCUCCCCCACCUGCUGUCUUUCACCCAGGGAAUUUUUGUUUCAGGUGACAAAGUUCAGGAAUUUUCCUUUUCCAAGGGGAAAGGAGGAAGAACACCUGACUGACAGGGAACUGGAAUGCACUGAAUGUCCAGGAGUGAACAUGGUGCACCACAGAGGCACAGCCAGAGCUGCUCUGUCCAGGAGACAUUUCCAGGGAUAAACCUCUGCUUUUGGGAAGAAAAAACCAAACUGGGACAAUUAUGUGUUUAAUGGGAUCAAUGUUUGUGUUAUCUGUGAAGCCAAGUGUGUGUUUGCUAUUUAUAAUGAUUUUUUCAAGAUCCUUUGACUUCUAGACUUCAGCAUCUUAAAAAUUCUGGAAUCAUCCAGAGAGGAGAAGGAUGAAUCUUUUUUUUUUUAAAUUUUUUUUGCAGUUCUGUUUCCCAGAAUAGCCAGGAUGUGUUACGUGGGUCCAACAUGCCUCAGAGCAGCGCUGUGCUUGUUAAAUUUCCAUUUUUAAAUGUGCAGCAUCACCAGCUGGA